AUGUCGUUGCCGACGCCGGAAUUUGGCGACAAAGCCUUCCCGCCGAUCUCGAAAUGUGAGUUCUCCACCAUCAGCCACCGAUCAGUAGCGGCGGACCUCGAUGGAACUCUACUGAAGGCGAGCUCAGCGUUUCCGUACUAUAUGCUCGUUGCAAUUGAGGCAGGAAGCCUCCUUCGCGGCCUUGUUCUGUUACUGUGUUUUCCGAUCAUUGCAAUCGCGUAUAUAUUCGUCUCCGAAGCUGUAGCUAUCAAGAUGUUGAUUUUCAUCUCGUUUUCCGGUCUCAAGGUCCGCGAUAUCGAGCUUGCGUCACGCGCCGUCUUGCCGCGGUUCUACGCGGCGGAUGUAAGGAGCGAUAGUUUUGAGGUGUUUGAUAGGUGUCAGAGGAAGGUUGUAGUGACGGCGAAUCCGACGGUUAUGGUGGAUGCUUUUGUGAAGGAUUAUUUGGGAGGGGAAAAGGUCCUUGGAACGGAGAUCGAGGUAAAUCCGAAGACGAAGAAAGCUACGGGAUUCGUUGUGGAGCCUGGUGUUUUGGUUGGGAAAUGGAAGAAGUUGGCUAUUUUGAAGGAAUUUGGUGAUGAAUCGCCUGAUAUUGGACUUGGUGAUCGGAAAUCAGAUCACGAUUUCUUGUCCGUUUGCAAGGAGGGGUACAUGGUCCCAAAAGACGAAUCGGCAGCCAUAGUUUCACCGGACCGGCUAAAAACCCGACUGAUAUUCCACGACGGCCGCCUAGUCCACCCCCCAACACCGAUCAACGCUUUGAUCACCUACAUUUGGUUGCCAUUUGGAUUCAUCCUAUCCCUUCUCCGCGUUUAUUUCAAUCUCCCACUCCCUGAACGAAUUGUCAGAUACACCUACGGCAUGCUCGGGAUCAAGCUCGUGAUCCGUGGAAACCCGCCUCCACCACCAUCACCUGGGACCCCUGGAAACCUCUACGUCUGCAACCACCGCACCGCCCUAGACCCCAUCAUCAUCGCCAUCGCUCUUGGCCGCAAACCGUUUUGCGUGACAUACAGCGUCAGCAAACUCUCACGGUUCCUUUCACCGAUCCCUGCCAUUGCCCUAACCCGUGACCGUGAAGCGGAUGCUGCCCGGAUCAAGGCGUUGCUUCAAAAAGGCGAUCUCGUGGUCUGCCCAGAAGGAACCACGUGUCGUGAACCGUUCUUGUUACGGUUCAGUGCCUUGUUUGCGGAACUAAGUGACCGGAUCGUGCCCGUGGCCGUGAACCUUAAGCAGAACAUGUUCCACGGCACAACGGUUCGCGGGGUCAAAUUCUGGGACCCGUAUUUCUAUUUCAUGAACCCGAGGCCGACUUACGAAGUGACGUUUUUGGAACGGUUGCCGGAGGAGAUGACGGUGAAAGGCGGUGGACGGUCGUCGAUCGAGGUGGCGAACCAUGUGCAGAAGGUUCUUGGUGCAGUGUUAGGAUUUGAAUGCACCAAUUUGACAAGGAAAGAUAAGUAUCAGUUGCUUGGAGGAAAUGAUGGGAAAGUGGAGUCGAUGUAUGGCAAGAAGUGAAUAUAUAUAGAGAGGAAGGUUUAAACGAGAAAGGUAAAAGAUCGAGAACGUGUGAAUAAAUAAUUUAUAUGUGAAUUAUUGGUAAAUCUAGAAAAAUCAUUUGAAGAUUUUUGUGUGAAUCUACGUUCUUAUCCUAUAUUUUUUACCAACCAUUCACAUAUAAAGAUGUAUAUAUGAAUGAUUGGUAAACUUGAAAAACCCAAUUUGAAGAUUCUUACGUGAAUCCAAGUCUUUUUACCAACAAUUUUACCAAUUAUUCACAUAUGAAGAUGCAUAUGUAAACUCACGUUUUAUUUUACCAAUAAUUCACAUAUGAAUCAUUUAUUUGCACGUCUUGUAACCUUUUUUACUUUUCUUGUUUAAACCUUUUGUAUCUCUCUAUAUAUUAUGUAUGUGGUAAGGGCAGUUAGAUAUUUAUUUACUUGGUACUUGGUACUUGGUAGUAGUGAUAUUGCUUUUGGGCCAAAUAUUUGUUCAACCAUCAAACAACCCAAAUAAGAACUGUAGUCUAUGUGCUAAAUGGAUGUUUCGUGUUCUAUUACUAGUAAUUAGUAAAUACGAAUUGUUGGCUUCUUUUGGAUUUAUGUAAUUUGAUGUCAAUAUUCAAGCUGAGGUUUUCU